AUGCAACCAGCGGAAGGGAUUAGGUACAUAGUUCUCCUGCUAAUCAACGCCAACAACUUGUGUUUUAAAGCCGUUAGAGCAGGUGCAGCUGCUGCCGCACUUGCACUCGCCGCCGCUAGCGCACCCGCAGCCACCGGCAGCAGCAGUCUUGCAUCCGCAGGGGGCGUUCUCAGCAGUGCACGUGCAGCCCUCUCCGCAGCUGCAGGUAGCGCCGGCGGCGGGAGCAGCGGACUUGCAUCCGCAAGGGGAGUUCUCCGCAGUGCACGUGCAACCCUCCCCGCAGCUGCAGGUAGCGCCAGCGGCGGGAGCAGCAGCGGACUUGCAUCCGCAGGGAGAGUUCUCCGCAGUGCACGUGCAGCCUUCGCCGCAGCUGCAAGUGGCGGCGGCAGCGGUCUUGCAGCCGCAAGGGGAGUUCUCAACGGUGCAGCGGACAUAGAUAUGGAAACCAUAGCUUCAGCCGAUGCGGGGAGUCCGGAAGUCCCGGCCGUGGAAGUCACGUCUAUGCAGUUCGCUUAUCCCGGCGAGCCUCCGUUAAUCUCCAAGUUUAAUCUGACACUGCCACGUGGCAGCCGCUGCCUUCUGAUUGGAGCCAACGGUGCAGGCAAGACGACUCUCCUGAGAGUGUUGGCGGGAAAGCACAUGGUUGGUGGAAAGGACGUCGUUAAAGUGCUCGGUCGCUCGGCAUUCCACGAUACAGCUCUCUCCUGCGACGGUUCUCUCGCGUACCUCGGUGGUUCCUGGAGCAAGUCCGUUGGCUGUGCGGGCGAAGUACCUCUGCAAGGCGAUUUCAGCGCGGAGCACAUGAUCUACGGCGUGGCUGACGUGGACGCAGCGCGCAGGGACCACCUGGUGGAGCUGCUGGACAUUGAUCUGACGUGGCGCAUGCACCGCGUGUCAGAUGGGCAGCGGAGGCGAGUGCAGAUCUGCAUGGGCCUGCUGCGGCCCUUCCAGGUGCUGCUGCUGGACGAGGUGCUGCUGCUGGACGAUGUCACAGAAGACCUAGAUGUUGUCGCCAGGAUGGAUCUCCUCCUUACAUACUUCCCUCCUCCUUACAUGCUUCCCUCCUCCUUCCCCCUCCCCUUGCCGCAGGUGCUGCUGCUGGACGAGGUGACGGUAGACCUGGAUGUUGUCGCCAGGAUGGAUCUCCUCUCUUUCUUCCAACAAGAAUGUGAAGAGGUGAGCUGUGAUUCGUUAGCAGCGCUGUCGGGGAGGACAGAACAGCUCUGGGAUAGCACACUGUUGGUGACUGUUGCUGGUUUAUUGCACUAG